CAUGCCGAUCACACGCUCGAUUGAAAGUCGUUCUCAAGGCGCCGCGGUGUGGGUGGGCUUCCUGUGCGGAAUCAUCCUGACUCAAGUUGCUACAGCUAUAAUGAAGACCUACAUCUCUGGCUGCCUUCAAAUGACCACUUCAUUCCACUCUUGGGCACUUCAUUCACAAACUACAUAAUUUCACACUCAUGCAGAUCACUAUUUUGAUUUGUAGAUCCUAACAUUCCUACACGAAUUUCCCAGCAACCCUCCUAGUCACAUGAUAUAUCAUUGGAAAGCCCAGGAUGUACUCUUUCCAAGACACCAGGAUUCAAGUGAAUAGCUUGAAAGAAUAAGCGGGUGUGCACGUAAAACAAAUGUCAACUACAGAGGACACAAGUCUAUGCGUUAGUUCUCAGGAGGAUAUACAGUAUACAGAUCAUAUGCCUGGCGUAAUUUUCUGCCUGAUGGAGAAAAAUGAUGAGGCUGUUCAAACUACACCGCUGUCCUCUCAUGCAGUGUUCCAGGGUGCAACUCCUAGAGAAAGCCAAGAUCAAGAUCUAAUAAGGCCUCAGAAAGGGGUGGAAAUCCCCACAGGUCUGCUCCCUGUGCUUGAGAAGGACAAUGACUUUGGACAUAAGGAUGAAACACUGCCUCCUGAGCAGCAACACCUCUUAAGAAAGAUGCUGCUUGGUCACAUCAAAGCUUUGCAUCCAACUUGGUCUCCAGUAGAAGCUCCUGAAGCUUCUGCUCCACUUAAUACUUCUAAUCCUACCACCAUGACACAGGCUGCUAGUGAAACCAGGCCAUCACUCACUUCAUUAAUCAACACAACCAUGGAGAUGGAAGCAGAGCCAGACACGCUCCCUUCUACUGCAUCAAGCUGUACGACCAAUUUCUCAGACCCCGAGGGCUACAUUGAUGUGUCAGAUGAUCUGCCUCUUCCAGAUGGCGCGUUCCUGCAGUGCACUUACAUAGUGACUGUGUAUACGGGUUAUGGGGUGGAACUACAGGUCAAAAGUGUUAACCUAUCAGAAGGCGAGCAGCUGUCGAUCAGAGGGGUAAAUAAGGAUGGCACUUUGCUGGAACUUGCCAAUCAAACGCUGCUGGUGGAGGGUCAGGUGAUCCGCAGCCCAACCAAUACUAUGUCUGUAUUUUACCGCUCUUCAUCUGAGGGCAGCGUGGGAACAUUCCAGCUUCAUUACCAGUUGUUCCAUCUCAGCUGCCCUUUGCCGCGACGACCUCGUUUUGGGGAGAUAUCAGUUUUGGAUUUGCGCCCAGGAGGUAAAGCACAUUUCUCCUGCCACAUGGGCUACCAUCUGCAGGGUGCAAUGGUGGUGACCUGCCUCAAUGCCUCUCUGCCUGCCUGGAACCAGAGUGAACCCAGCUGUAGAGCUCUCUGUGGAGGUACAGUAAAAAAUGCCACUGUGGGCAGAGUGCUGUCACCAUCACCUCACCUGAGUCCCAACAGCACUCUGGACCACAAUUGCUCCUGGUCCUUAGAAGCUCCCAGUGGCCAGCGACUACAUCUCCAUCUGGAGCGGAUGGUCCUGGGUCCAACAGACCGGCUUGUUUUGUGGAGUGGUCUGGAUGCUGGCUCAGUUGUUCUAUUUGACUCUGGUCGGGGGGUUCCUAUCCCAUUCGAGGGAGUCAUCAGUGAGGGCCCAGCGGUCAGAAUCCAGUUCAUAACAGACAAGCUGAACAACCAGAACACUGCUUUCAGUAUCCAUUAUGAGGCAUUUGAGAAGGGCCACUGCUAUGAGCCAUACAUCCAGAAUGGAAACUUCAGUACCAGUGACCCAACCUAUGGUGUGGGAGCCAUAGUACAGUUCUCCUGUGAACCUGGCCAUUCUCUGGAACAAGGCCCUCCUGUCAUCGAGUGCAUCAACACGCGAGACCCCUACUGGAAUGACACAGAGCCUCUGUGUAAAGCUUUAUGUGGGGGAGACCUGUCUGGACCCAGUGGCUUGAUUUUAUCCCCAAACUGGCCUGACUCAUAUGGUGAAGGUGAGGACUGCAGCUGGAGGAUUCAUGUUGGUGAGGAAAAACGUAUCCUGCUGGAUGUGCAGCUUCUGAACCUUAGUGACAGUGAUAUGCUGACCAUUUUGGAUGGUGAUGAAGCCACCACACACAUCUUGGGCCAAUAUGUGGGAGGAAACAGUCCAUUUAAGCUUACUUCCUCUUCUCCUGAUCUUACCAUCACCUUUCAUUCUGACCCAGCUGGCCUGGUCUUCGGCAAGGGAGAGGGUUUCAUCAUCAACUAUUUGGAGGUGUCACAUAAUGAUUCAUGUCUGGACCUGCCUGAGAUUCAGAAUGGCUGGAAGACAACGUCACACACGGCACUGGUGCGAGGGACACGUAUCACUUAUCAAUGUGAUCCAGGCUAUGACCUGGUGGGCAGAGAGACCCUCAUCUGUCAGCUGGACCUGAGCUGGAGCACCCAGCCACCCUUCUGUGAGAAAAUUAUGUACUGUACAGACCCAGGUCAUGUUGAACACUCUGUACGGACACUCUCAGAUCCCAAACUGCUAGUGGGAACUACCAUCCAGUACAGUUGCAAUCUAGGCUACAUACUGCAGGGUGGUGCCAUUUUAACCUGCUAUGGCCGUGAACCUGGAACUCCAGUCUGGACAUCUCACUUGCCACAUUGUAUCUUGGAAGAGUCAGUGUCCUGUGAGAAUCCUGGCCUUCCUGACAAUGGCUAUCAGAUUUUGUCUAAACGGCUGUAUCUGCCUGGCGAGUCCCUGAACUUCAUGUGUUAUCAGGGUUAUGAGCUCAUUGGCGAAAUCACAAUCAAGUGCAUACUGGGGAAUCCGUCCUUUUGGAGUGGACCAAUACCAAUGUGUAGAGCUAAUCAUGAAUGCUCUGGCAACCACGCUUUAGAAGUGGAAGAGGCUACAGAAGAGUCAUCACUGGAUGGGGGAAGCAUGGCUCUGGCAAUUUUCAUAUUCGUACUGCUACUGUCUGUUUUUCUUGGAGGCACCUAUAUCUAUGUUAGAAGGUGUCAUUCGAACCUGCGCUUGCCUCUCAUGUACCCUCACCCAUACAGACAGAUUACUGUGGAGACCGAGUUUGACAAUCCUUUAUAUGAGACUGGAGCGGACACAAGAGAAUAUGAAGUGUCAAUAUGAAAAGACCUGUUGUUGUGGAUGAAUUCUCAAAUGCAGAAGAAGAAAGUGAUGUAUAUAGCUCCUGACAAAUCUACGACUACCCUACCUCCCCAAACUCCCAAAUCUCCAAAUAUGCUGGAUGCAUUGCAGCCAAAUCAGGUUAGAGAGAAAGAGAGAGAGAGAAAGAGAGAGAGAGAGAGAUGAAGUAGUGAAGGUAGGUAAUUAACAGGAAGAAUGGCUGUGUUGGGGAGUUGGGGAGAAGGUUAAAAAUUGAAAAAGUGACUGUGGGUUUACUAUCCAAUUUGAACAUUAUGCACUUCUAGCAGGAGUCUUCUUUAAAAACUGUGUGUGUGUGUGUGCGUGGGUGCGUGCAAAUGUACAUGUAUGCCUCUAUGUCUGUCUGUCUGGGCCCUGACUUCCUGUUUUUCAUUUUAAAGAUUUGUAUCUCAAAAAGUUUGUAGUGCAGGUUUGAACAUAGUAUUUUUCCCAUGCAAGUGAUGUCAUACUGCAACAGUAUGUGUGUGUAUAUAUAUAUAUAUAUAUAUAUAUAUAUAUAUAUAUAUAUAUAUAUAUAUAUAUACACUGUAUAUAUAAAUUGUGUGUGUGUGUGUAUAUAUGUAAUGUACAUUUGA